GUCAGCUGGCAGCACGGUCGCGAUUGACAGAUUGAUUACCAUUCUAGAACUGCAACACAGUGUUUCACGUUGUGCAUUACGCAAAGUUUAUCUACCGGUAAAGUGUGUAAUAUAUCGCCAAAAUCAACCCAGCAAUGGCAACGCAGUUCCUGAAUCGUAUCGGUCAGCUCGGUCUAGGAGUGGCCGUCAUCGGCGGUGUUGUAAACUCGGCGUUAUAUAACGUUGACGGUGGUCAUCGGGCGGUCAUUUUCGAUCGAUUCAGCGGCGUCAAGCAGCAGGUGACCGGCGAGGGCACACACUUCUUCGUGCCGUGGGUGCAGCGGCCGAUCAUUUUCGACAUUCGGUCGCAGCCGCGCAACGUACCGGUCAUCACCGGUAGUAAGGAUCUGCAGAACGUCAACAUCACGCUCCGUAUUCUGUUCCGCCCGGUGCCGGACCAGCUGCCAAAGAUCUACACCAUCCUCGGGCAGGAUUACGACGAGCGGGUGCUCCCCUCCAUCACGACGGAAGUGCUGAAGGCGGUCGUGGCCCAGUUCGAUGCGGGCGAGCUGAUCACGCAGCGUGAGAUGGUGUCGCAGAAGGUGUCGGACGAUCUGACCGAGCGUGCCGCCCAGUUCGGCGUGAUACUGGACGACAUCUCCAUUACGCAUCUCACGUUCGGCAAGGAGUUUACGCAGGCCGUCGAAAUGAAGCAGGUCGCGCAGCAGGAGGCCGAGAAGGCCCGCUUCAUGGUGGAGAAGGCGGAGCAGAUGAAGCAGGCGGCCAUCAUUACGGCCGAGGGUGACGCACAGGCCGCCCAGAUGUUGGCCCGUUCGCUCAAAGAGUCCGGCGAUGGUUUGAUCGAGCUGCGACGUAUUGAGGCGGCCGAGGAUAUCGCUUACCAGAUGAGCCGGUCGCGUGGCGUCAACUAUCUGCCGGCCGGACAGCAGACGCUGCUCAGUCUGCCACAGUAAGGGGUGGGAAGGGGAUGGCAGAGGAGGUUGUCCCCAGCUCGCAAGCUUACAACUUUAAAAUAACGACGUUGUGUGUCGGGAGAGAAUUUGGUUUAAGUCGAAAUGCUGUUUUGCUGUCCACCACCAGAUUACGUUGAGCUACGCAAAUGCCAAUUAGCGGGGCGGACUAAUACUAGUUACGAGAGGAUCGAGUUGUUUUAUUGAAGGUACCUCUCCUUCGCUGCCGCGACUAAACGGUCAACAACCCCUUCUUAAAUGCAUUAGGAUCGUUCAUUGGAAAUGCAUUUUGGUGGACGUUGGAAGCAUUUGCGCACGUGCGGUUCUUCAGCCCGGUGGUGUUUAUAAUAGGAAUAGCGUUAGAAAGGUAAUUUCGGGGGAAGAGGAUACCGUCUCACCAGGGUGGAUAUGAAUCCUUAGCACCGCAUGAAAGCAUUGGUGUAAACAGUGCAUUUAAGAGAAAAAAAUGGCGAGGAAGAUUAAAUCAUUAUUAAAUACCUCUAA